ACCAGCCCCACCCACGUUCUCCAGCCCAGCCCUUGUUUGGCCUCCCUCCAGCCUGGCCUGGCUCCCCGUUCGCCCCUUUCCUGCCAGCGGCGGGUGCUGCUGCACGGCGAGCAGGCUUCCGGCCAGGCCUCUCCCCAGCCCCGUCUCAUUUAACGCAGGGCUGCGCGUCCCUCCUGCGCCGUGCACGGCCUUUGCUGGCCCCACCCCCACCCCAUUGCUGCGGCCCCACUCAGAGCACCAGCCCUGGGCCCGAUCCUGCUGCGUGGGCUGGGGCAGGUGGGGGGCAGCCACAUUAACCCAGCCCUUUCUCCCCUCCCCCGCAUGGCACAGGCUGCCCCCGCAUCAUCUCACGCCGACAGUGGGGGGCCCGGCCCCCGAGAAACAGGGUCCCUAUGAGGACCCCAGUGCCCUACGUCAUCAUCCACCACACGGCAGGGAACCGCUGCACCUCGCAGGCCUCCUGCAGCCGGCAGGUCAGGGGCAUCCAGAACUAUCACAUGGACACCCAGCGCUGGCCCGACAUCGGCUACAACUUCCUGAUCGGCGAGGACGGCAGAGUCUACGAGGGCAGAGGCUGGAGCACCGUGGGGGCCCACGCCUACAACUGGAGCGCCAAGUCGCUGGGAUUCAGCUUCCUGGGCAACUUCUCCAGCAGAGCCCCCAACGCUGCCGCCCUGAACGCCGCCAAGAGCCUGAUCCAAUGCGCCGUCUCCAAGGGCUUCCUGAGACGCAGCUACACCCUGACGGGGCAUCGCAACGUGUUCCCGACCAGCUGCCCCGGGAACGCCCUCUACAGGGUCAUCAGCAAGUGGCCCAGGUUCAAAGGCAAACCCUGA